AUGGUCAAUGACUCCAAAAUCGAGGACUGCGGAGUCGAUCUUCAAUCUUCAUCAUCCGAGGGAUCUACAGGACAGGUGCUUCAGGAAUUCCACCUUUUCCCAAAACUACCCCUCGAGCUCCGCCAACAGAUAUUCCGAACAGCUGCUAGAGUUCCAAAGCUCGCUCACACAAGUUCCUCCGUUAUGAAUCCUCUGCUUCACGUGAACAGCGAAUCUCGCAAGAUCAUCCAGGAAGAAAAUGUCAACAUAACAAAUAUGUACUUCCAUCCUGCUCGAGACAUCUUGUACAAACAAUACCCUGUGUGCUUCCAUUCUUGGAUGCCAGAAGUGAUUCGGAAUCCAAAGUUACAUCGCAUAUUGUUUCUGAUAAGUUGCGAUAAUACGUGGUCUUCCAGAGAGUUACUUUUGGAAGAAGGAGAAAACAUCAAAGAACAAGAAAAACUAUACGGCAGCGAGAGUGCUAAGUUGAACUUGAAUACUCCUGGAAAUAUGGCAAUUGCGGCGAAACUUCCCCCCACAAUUGGGAGGGAUCUCUGCGCACGACUUAUCACCCGUCUCGCUGUUCCGCUCCAUCCCGAACACCACUCGAUUCCUGGGGCGGCAGGCCUUUUCGAUGACUUCGAAUUAGCCAAGACCCUUUUUCCGUGUCUUCAUGAACUCAUUUUCGUGCACCCAUUACUUGACAGCCGGGAUACCAUAGAUGACUUAGUAGUCGUACCUUUUCCUCCUGUGCCAAGAUUUCUGGUUUGGAUUGAUGAAACUUUAGUUUCUACUAUGGGCCAUAUGCAUCGUCGUAGACAAGACUUGCUGCACAAGGGAAAGAGCGAAGAUGAAGUUCCAAAGUUGGUUUUUAUGGUGAAGAAGGUCUGUUUGGAGUGA